CCAGUCAAACCAGAUACAUCAUCGGCAGCAGCGCUUGGACUAAACGUGGGAAUAAUGUGUUGUCACUAUUUCGCACGUUGACCUACUCCAAAAGACUCAAACAUAUCCGCGAUGCUGAUUCAUCUCUUCAGGACGCCUGUGUCUGGAUUGUGUCUCUGAGAUGUCAAGUGUGUUGUUUGCCUCUGUGGUGCGUGUGGGCGAUGGCCUGCCGCUGUCGGCGUCCACCGACUACGAGCACGACCGAGAGCUGCACGACACCAGGAAACACCUGAAAGCUCUCUCCAAGAAGCUCCCGCAUUUCCCUGACAGAUGCACCUUUGCGAGCGGGCCCUACAACGUCAAUUUCACGAGCGCUCUGGGCGUGUGUUACAUGAUGGUGUGUUUGUCGAGUUAUCCUAGUGUGUUAGCUUUCUGCUUCCUGGACGAACUGCAGAAGGAAUUCCUCGUCACCUACGACAGCAAACGCGUUGCAGCCGCCGUCAGGCCUUACUCCUUCAUACAGUUCGACGUUGUGAUCCAGCGUACGAAGCAUCGCUACAACAGCCCACGCUCUCUGUCAACCAAGAUCAACAUGGCUGACAUGCAGACGGAGCUCAAGCUGCGUCCUCCCUACCGGCUGACCCCCGACGACCUCCAGGCUGCUAACGGCUUCUCGCCCUCGCGCUCGUCCGCCAAGUACAAGGGCAUCGCUCCCAGUCAGACUUUGGAGCCUGUGACGCUUCCUGGCGCCGUGUCGUGCGUCCUCAGCGUGCUCUGCGGUGGACUCAACCUGCUGCGUGGUGUCCACGCCAUCGAGAGCGUCCUGCAGAAUGAGGAUGAGGACUUCAGCUAUGUGAUUGCCUUCUUCCUGGGCACGGCUGCCUGCCUCUACCAGUGCUUCCUGUUUGCAUACUUCUCGGUGUGGCGGAACGUCAAGUCGUUCCUGGCCCUGGCCCUGGUAUGCGUGUGCAACAUGUACUUGUUCCAGUUGAGGAACGUGUGGCAGAUCUUGUUCCAUGUGGCCGUCGCCGCCUGCAUGACGUUGCACACACACCUCAGGCGGCCCCUGGGCAAGGCGCCCGACUACAACGUCUGAGCGGACCCUGAACGCACUGCGAGAGAGGUCUUAAAUCACUGAACGCAAGAUGUCACUGACUGCAUGUGACCACCCUGAAUGCAACACGAGAGGGACUAGCAGGACGGCUGACGACUGCGUGGUCCUGUGGUCACCAUGACGACCCUUGGUCUCACUACCAUCAUGUCUGACGACAUUGAACGCACCGACCACACAAGAGCAACUAUGACGACGUCUGAAAACAUCAUAAAAACGACACCACCAGCAUCUGACCAACAUGAGAACUACGACCACAGCCUCCAAUAAUCCUGAAUUUAUUUUACCACCCUGUAAGCAAUGUGAAAUUAUGUCAGGCCCCACCCCUGCCCCACCCCCGGGCCAAGGCAACAUGCGAGCAGGACCUGACCACCUUGAACACAACACACGAGUGGCUACCGUGAUGUCUGACGACCACGAACAGGGCGCAAAAGCGACGACGCUCGCGUCUGACCGCUAUGAAUGCAAAACAAGAGCGUCUGAUAACCCUGAACACGUCUGGCCUCCUCGAACUACGACAACUGACAAGCCUGAACACGACUCAAGAGUUGACUACGUCUGACCCUAAAUACAACUUACCCUGAACACAGUAUGAGAGCAACUGCGAUGAUGUCUGACGACCCUGAACGCUCCACAAAAUCUAUGACGAAGGCAUCUAAUAUAAAUCUGACUGCAAAACUCUACUAAUUGUCCUCCGAGUACCCUGAACACUGCAUGAAAGCCUGACAACCACAAUACCUGACAUCUGAUGACCCUGAAUCAAUCUAGAGUGGGACUACAACACCCGAUGACCCCGAAACACAACAUGCCAGUGACAUUGUCUUAGGACGCUGGACUCAGCGCACCGGUCACUGCUAUGGCUAACGACCCACAACACACAGGUGACUAUGUCCUCUCACGACCUGAAUACAAUGCAAGAGUGUGACUAGAACGCCUAAUGACCCUGAAUGCAACACUCCAGCUGGCUGGUCGUCGUAAACCAAAAAAGACCUUAAAAAUCAACUUUUUAUGAGAAUCAGAAAUGGGGGUUGUGUUUUGUUUUUGUUUUUUUCCCCCUACCUAUGCAAAGCUGGCCAAUGCUUAUUUCUCACUGAGGCGCUUUAUUUAUUUACAGACUUGUGCUCACAUUGAAAUUGCAUUAAUUAGUAGUUGUUUUGUUUUUUGGGGGGGCGCACGUUGGUUGACUGGUCAGCACAUCUGCCUUACACUUCUGAGGACCCGGGUUCAAAUCCGGCCUCACCUGUGUGGAGUUUGCAUGUUCUUUGCUUGCCUGCGUGGGUUUCUCCUACGUCCCCAAAACAUGCAUGGUAGGUUAAUUGAAGACACUAAAUUGUCCGUAGGUGUGAAUGCGAUUGGCUGGCGACCAGUUCAGGGUUUACCCUGCCUCCCGUCCGAAGAUAAAUGGGAUAGGCUCUAGCCCAGCACGCCCGUGACCCUAGUUGAGGAUAAGCGGUAAGGAAAAUGGGUGGAUGGAUGUUUUUGAGGGAUUAUGUUAAGCAUCCAGUGAGAGCUCACAAAAAGCCUACCAUCAACAUAUCGUUAUGUGUGAUGUCAUCACACACAACGAACACUAUUUGGCACACCACCUAUUGAGUUGCAGGUGUACCUGAUGUUAUAGCUGAUUUGUUGUAGGAAAAGUUAAAGAGGCAUUGUUGCUUUAUUAGUGUGAGGGGUUUGGGGGUGGAGUUUCGUAAUUACGAGAUACGUCAAGUUUUAAGUGUGUAGGUUAAAAAUGCAUUGUCAGCCUUUUUGAACCAAACAUAGUGAUCUGCUGCCAUCUGUUGGUAAAAAAAAAAAGGGAACACAGUCCUCAAAUGUGACACUUGGCCCAGUUUAUUACUUUUGUCAGCCAUUCAUUGAAAGAACAAUCAAACAUCUCUUUUUAUUACGGUAUAUGCUGUGUCAUAGACAGUCAUAUUAUUCGCAUUGUGGACCGCCGCAUUUCUCUGAUUUUACUCUACUAGUUCUGCCCCGUCUGAAAAAUACUCCAAAAUAACGCAGCCAGUUGAAGUGAUCUAAAAAUCAAGGUUGAUUGUGUAACAUGUAUUUAAAAAGAAACAGAACCAGCUGUAGUGAUUAAUACCUUUAGUGGAAAGUGAUUGAGUUAAAAGGCCUCAUUGGACAUUCAUGGGUCGUGAGGGUGCGCCAAGCGUUCUUCGGGCUGUCACAUUGUAAGUGAUAAUGUGUAAAUAAUGUAAUAUAAUCUGUUUUUGUACAAAAUAUAGAAUUUGACUUUCCCAAGUCAAGAUAGAAAAUGUCCAAAAGUUAUAAAAACGUCUUUGUUGACAUCUUUUUUUCCUUUCAAGUGGACAGCCUAAGGAACAGGAAGCAGCUGCUCACGAUGCGUUUAAGAGCUCAGAAGACGUCGGACUUAGGCCCGUUUGAAAUGUCUGCGAGCUAUAAUUGGCUUCUUUGGUGUCAACUUCUCUCGAUC